UAGUGGUUGGUAGGGCAGCUAAGUAAUUUCGUUGUGUCAUGGUUGACUCUGGCGAUGGGUAUCUCACCAAAUCGGCUACAGAUCAGCUCCACGGCUGCUGCUUCUUCGCUGGCUUGCAAAUUGCAAUCGAAGAAGAAGAAGAGGAAGACGAAGAGGAGGAUGGAUGGCGGCGGCGGCAACUGGAGGCCCACCCAGGGGGCCGACCCCGCCGCCGCUGGGGGCAUCGAUCUCAGCGCCCCCGCCCCCGCCCCCGCCGGCGGCGACUGGCGCUCCCAGCUCCAGUCUGAGGGACGCACCAGGAUCGUCAACAAGAUACUGGAGACUCUGAAGAAGCAUCUACCAGUAUCAGGGCCUGAGGGGCUGAAUGAACUUCAAAAGUUAGCAGUGCGAUUUGAAGAGAAAAUCUAUACUGGAGCCACCAGCCGGUCUGAUUACUUGCGGAAGUUGUCUCUAAAAAUGCUCUCUUUGGAGACAAAGACUCAACAGAGUCCUGGAAACGCCCAAGUGAUUCAAAACCAAAAUCCCCCUGGCUCAGGUGUUACAAUGUUACCAAAAAAACAUUUGUCAGGUGCUCAGAAAAGAAACAAAAGAAAACGGGGAGAUCAAUUAAUCGGUUCACAAAAGAAAUGAUUUCGCUUCAAGAAAUACGUGAAGAAGCUCUUUUUUAUAAGGGAUAUAGGAUGUUUGUGGUCUCCUAUUAAUGUAUUCAUACUACUUUGUUUCUAUAGUGUUUUUUAGUUGUCAAUUAUACUAUCGAUAUUAUUUAUCGAUAAUAAAUUGUUGUAUUGCAACUUGCAAACUAUUUGAUUUACUAUUUACCAUGUUAGAAAUGUUUAUUUGUGUCACUAUAUAGUAUAUGUGCUUUAUAGAGUAUAUGUAUUAGAAGUAAAAAA